GAAUACCGAGUAUCAAGAAUUUGCAACGGAGUACCUUAGCUCCAUGGAGGCACAGUUACAAGCAAGGGGGGAGGGAAGUCUCCCUAGCAAGCCAACGGCGAUGUCUUUGGAUUGGAGCGAGACAGGCAGCAGCCAGACACAAGGUGGAGGAAGUCCUCUACAAGAAGUGCAAUCUUCUGCUUCAACUCUUACAUUCGCAGCGGAUAUGGAAGCAGAUAGUCACGUAGAGAGCGAUAGUGACGACACAACUCUUAGCGAGGCACCACCUCUUAUUCAAAGACGAUCUACCCUCUGUCUAGGCAAACCUGCAAAGAACCAACAGCCUCUUAGAGAUUGGCUUACUCCUGGUUAUGAUGUAUACGUCAUUACACUGCAGGAGGUCACUAGGGAGGAUUCAACAACCGUGCCUUCUUAUUCGUGUGCGGUCUCUGUCUGUACACCUCACACAGAUGAUAACAUCUUCUGCGCCAUUGGGCUGUAUCUCGAGGUAGAACAUGGAGAACGUUUCCAUCGAGUUAAAAUGGGAGACGGAAAAAUAUCAGGGUUAGGGAAGGGGGCAUGGACAAAGAUGAAGGCAACUUCCAUGGCCUGUUGGAUAAGGGAAUCUGUGCGCUCUCCUCGGGGGCCUGUGACCCCCUUGGCGUACAGAGCAUUCUCGUUCACAAGGAUUAAUGGCAGCAAAGGUGCCUUAACUUUGGUGUUAAAGAUAUACGACCAAGUUGUUUGCUUCGUCGGGUGUCAUAUGCCUGCCUCGGGAGUCAAAGGCCGCUUCCGAGCUCGGCAGCACAUUCGGCAGAAGCUUGCUCAGGUGUAUUCAAAUUCUUCGGAAGUAGAUUUUACUCGUGUCUUCCAUCACGUCAUUUGGGCAGGAGAUUUCAAUUUUAGACUCCAAGCAGCUCCUGAGGUCUACAUGCCGCUGCUGGAGAAGCAGGACAUGGAGAGCCUGCUGCAGUACGACGAGUGCAGAGAAGACUUCGGGCAAGACAUGGCUCUACAUCAAAUGCGGGAAGCUCCUGUAAGGUUUUUGCCCACCUACAAAAAGGCAGAUGGCCGUCCGCCUCUAAAUACCGACGACCCUGAUUGGAUAUUAAAGGAAUAUCAAACACAAAUGAAAAAGGGAGUCUUAGGGCAAAGGAAAAUGGUAGAAAGACCCCCUUCGUGGUGCGACCGCGUCUUCUUCUGGUCUAUGCCGGCAGUCAUUGCAAACCUGCAAGCCAUCCCAGGAGCCUAUUUUGCAGCGGAGCCCAAAGAACCAAGUGUAUUAAUGGCUAGUGACCACGCGCCUGUAGGCUGUGGCCUUGAACUCUUUGCCCUAAGAGAAACAGCGCCUCCCGUCUUCUUUGAGAUCAACAACCCGGCAGAGACAGUUUCCGCGAAGAGACAGCUGGCAAGCUAA